AUGUUUUAUCUAAAAGAAGAGAAGCAGGUGGUAAUGGAAAGACGAAGUGUACCACAUGAUGCUGCAUAUGCGAGGUUAAACGAAAGAGGGAACGGUAAAAACGACAAUGAAGGCUAUGAAAGACCCGGACGAUGUACAUGUCGCACGGAGAAACGGAAUGCUGAUGCAACCAAACCCAGUCCUAUUUGGUUGCUGCUAGAAUGA